AUGGCAAGCCUUAAUCUUGGCCUUCCAUUUCACUCCGUCGCCGGCCGGAGUCUAUGGCGCCGGUCGUUGAAACCAGCCGCUCGUCAAACAGUUUCAUGUUCUAGGUCUCUCACGAAUAAGUUUAAGAGGGCGUACACGAGCGUGAUGAUAGUGCCAACUGGAGUGGGAGCGGCAAUUGGCGGCUACGCCGGGGAUGCUUUGCCGGUGGCUCGAGCCCUCUCCUCCGUCGUCGACUGCCUCAUCUCUCAUCCUAAUGUUCUUAAUGCAGCAAUGCUUUACUGGCCAAUGCCAAAUGUGCUGUAUGUCGAGGGCUAUGCACUUGAUAGAUUUGCUGAAGGUCAUUGGGCACUACAACCGGUUCAUCAGAAUAAGGUGGGGGUGGUUCUUGAUGCUGGAAUAGAAGAAGACCUUCGACUUCGUCACUUGCAGGUGGUGGAUGCAACAAGGGCUUCUCUCGGUUUGCCUGUUGUGGAGUAUAUUGUGACAGAUGCUGCUUUACAGGUGGAGAAGUGGAUUGAACUAGAAAGUGGACAAUCAACCGGGAGGAUAAAACGUCCGGAUUCCCUGUUAAGGGCCGUGGAGAAAUUAGUAGAAAGAGCCGGUGUAAAUGCCGUAGCAGUUGUGGCACGCUUUCCUGAUGAUGAUGGUACUGAAGAAGAUGUGGAAAAUUACAGACAAGGCAAAGGAAUUGAUCUUCUGGCAGGUGUAGAGGCGGUGAUAAGCCAUCUGGUGGUGGAGAAAUUCGGGAUACCUUGUGCCCAUGCUCCUGCACUAUUACCUUUUCCAUUAAAUUCUUCUUUAUCCCCAAAAUCAGCUGCAGAAGAGAUCGGGUACACAUUCUUGCCAUGUGUUCUUGCUGGCCUGAGCACUGCCCCACAGUACUUAGUCGAGAACCCCAAAUUGCUAGGAAAGGACAGUAUAGUAGCUAGUGAUGUUGACAGUGUUAUUCUGCCAAUCGAUGCUUGUGGAGGUGAUGGAGCUCUUGCAUUUGCCAGCAGGAAAAGUAACAGGCCACUUAUAAUUGCAGUCGAAGAGAAUGAAACAGUUCUGAGUGACACCCCUGAUAAACUCGGGAUCCAAGCGGUGAAGGUAGCUAAUUAUUGGGAGGCAAUAGGAGUUGUGGCAGCUCAUAAUGCAGGAAUAGACCCUUUUUCCUUGAGACGAGAUGGAAUAGACAACUUACGGCUCACGAUGAAUCGUAACUAUCCUAACAAUGCUUCCUCUUUGAAUGGAUGUGGUGCUGUGGCUGGGAAUUUUCUUUCUUAA